AUGCUGCUAUGCAGGAAAGAAUGUAGACUUGGGCCCAGUUAUAUCUGCCUCUGUGAACUUUCCUUACAGGAAAACUUAAUCGGCGCCCUCCUGGCAAUUUUCGGGCACCUUGUGGUCAGCAUUGCGCUUAACCUCCAGAAAUACUGUCACAUCCGGCUGGCGGGCUCCAAGGACCCCCGGGCCUAUUUCAAGACCAAGACAUGGUGGCUGGGCCUGUUCCUGAUGCUGCUGGGCGAGCUCGGAGUGUUUGCCUCCUAUGCCUUCGCUCCACUCUCACUGAUCGUGCCUCUCAGCGCAGUCUCCGUGAUAGCUAGCGCCAUCAUAGGAAUCAUUUUCAUCAAAGAAAAAUGGAAACCUAAGGACUUUCUGAGGCGCUACGUCUUGUCCUUUGUCGGCUGCAGUUUGGCCAUUGUGGGCACCUACUUGCUGGUGACAUUCGCACCCAACAGCCAUGAGAAGAUGACUGGCGAGAACAUCACCAAGCACCUCGUGAGCUGGCCUUUUCUCUUGUACAUGCUCGUGGAGAUCAUUCUGUUCUGCUUGCUGCUGUACUUCUACAAGGAGAAGGGCACCAACAACAUCGUCGUGAUUCUUCUCUUGGUGGCGUUACUCGGCUCGAUGACGGUGGUGACAGUGAAGGCAGUAGCCGGGAUGCUUGUCUUGUCCAUCCAGGGGAACCUGCAGCUGGACUACCCCAUCUUCUACGUGAUGCUCGUGUGCAUGGUGGCAACUGCCAUCUAUCAAGCCGCGUUUUUAAGUCAGGCCUCACAGAUGUACGACUCAUCUCUGAUUGCCAGUGUGGGCUACAUUCUAUCCACAACGGUCGCCAUCACAGCAGGUGCAGUGUUUUACCUGGACUUCAUCGCAGAGGACGCGCUGCACAUCUGCAUGUUUGCCCUGGGGUGCCUCAUCGCAUUCUUGGGCGUCUUCUUGAUCACACGGAACAGGAAGAAGGCCGUUCCAUUCGAGCCCUAUAUUUCCAUGGAUGCCAUGCCAGGUAUGCAGAACAUGCAUGACAAAGGGAUGGUAGUCCAGCCCGACCUCAAAGCUUCUUUUUCCUACGGGGCCCUGGAAAACAAUGACAACAUUUCUGAGAUCUAUGCUCCGGCCACACUGCCUGUUAUGCAAGAAGAACACAGCUCCAGAAGCGCCUCUGGGGUUCCCUACCGAGUCCUGGAACACAACAAAAAGGAAUGAGUGCACCCUGAAGGAGACUCACCUUCCCUCCACUUACAGCUGCUCAAGCGUGCAGACAGUAGUUCAACUCUUUUUUUUUUUUUUAAUAUAUUUUUAUUAAUUUCAAGGAGAUGAAGAGAGAGAGAGA